AUGGCGGCUUCUCUGUCAUCACCACCGUGCUCAACUUCACUAUUCACCCCGAACCCAUGUUUCCGAGUCGAUUUGGGACGUGGGUUCCGGAAAAGUUUAGACCUUGGUCAUCAGAGGCCACUAAAGUUCAAGUCUUUGGCGUCUAAGGACCUGGUGGUCUCUGCUAGCACCAACAAUGCUGUGUCUGUCACUGACCCUGCGCCUUCAUUGAUUCGCUCUAAGGUGAAACGCCAUACAAUUUCAGUGUUUGUUGGUGAUGAGAGUGGAAUUAUAAACCGAAUAGCAGGGGUUUUUGCCAGGAGGGGUUACAAUAUUGAGUCCCUUGCUGUUGGCUUGAACAAGGACAGGGCUCUCUUUACCAUAGUUGUCUCAGGGACUGAAAAGAUUUUGCAGCAAGUUGUUGAACAGCUCAACAAGUUGGUGAAUGUGAUAAAGGUUGAAGAUAUCUCAAGGGAGCCACAAGUAGAACGUGAAUUGAUGCUUAUCAAACUUCAUGCAGAUCCAAGCAACCGUGCAGAGAUCAUGUGGUUAGUGGACAUCUUCAGAGCAAAAAUUGUGGACAUCUCUGAACACUCACUAACAAUUGAGGUUACUGGAGACCCUGGGAAAAUGGUUGCUGUUCAAAGAAACUUUAGCAAAUUUGGAAUCAAAGAACUUGCAAGAACUGGAAAGAUUGCUUUGAGACGAGAAAAGAUGGGUGAGACGGCUCCUUUUUGGAGAUUUUCUGCAGCUUCUUAUCCUGAUCUUGAAAGAAUGUCUGAUGAUGAAGUUGCGGUGAAAGCAAAUCAUUCAGCCAAUGGUUCUAGCAGUAUUGCCUCACAGGGUGAUGUUUAUCCAGUGGAGCCAUAUGAUGACUGUCCUUCAAAUCAAGUACUUGAUGCUCAUUGGGGUGUGCUCUAUGAUGAAGAUUCAAGUGGUGUUCAAUCACACACUUUGUGUAUGCUGGUGAGUGAUGUACCUGGAGUCCUGAACAUAGUAACAGGAGUCAUAUCUCGAAGAGGUUAUAACAUUCAGAGUUUAGCUGUGGGACCUUCUGAGAAGGAAGGGCUUUCUCGCAUUACAACUGUUGUUCCUGGUACUGAUGACACAAUUACCAAGUUGGUCCAGCAACUUCGCAAGUUAAUAGAUCUUCAUGAGGUUCGGGAUAUUACACACUUGCCAUUUGCUGAGCGAGAGUUGAUGUUAAUAAAGAUUGCUGUAAAUGCUAAUGCUAGAAGGGAUGUUCUCGAUAUUGCUGGCAUUUUCCGUGCUAAAGCCGUUGAUGUUUCUGAUCACACAAUUACUCUUGAGCUUACCGGCGAUUUGAAUAAAAUGGUUGCAUUGCAGAAGUUACUAGAGCCCUAUGGGCUUUGUGAGAUUGCGCGGACUGGGAGAGUGGCAUUAGAGCGGGGUUCUGGUGUGGAUUCCACUUCUCUCCGUGGAUACCCCCUUCCAUUAUAAUGCCAGGGAUUUCUCACUGGCUUUUUAUUAUGGCUGACCACGUAAUGUAAGUUCUUGUUUUCCUCCACUUUGAUAAGGCAACAUUUUCGCGUGCUGGCUACAUUCAUAUCAGAAAAGGAAUAAACAUCCAAGUCAAGUCUUUUGAUUAUCUGUGUCUGGUCUCACGGAAGUGUUCAACAUGCACUCGGAAGAAGUUCCAGUUACUUAUAUGUCGUACUUUUCUUCUUGGACAAGUAGGAGACCUCCCUCCUUCGGACCUUGAUCAACCUAAGGAUGUAGGAGUAGCAAGUGGUUGGCCAUUAGGCUAACCAUGGAGGUUGAAGUUAAGGCAUGAUUGUGUGUCCAAUCCUAGGGUUUAAGCUUUUGUUUGAAUUAUGUAUUAUAACAACCAUAGAUAGAUGUGAAAUUGUAUCUCUCAGUAUCAAAUAUUGUAGCCUUUUUUUUUUUGGCAAGCGAAGGGAGAUUAACAUCGUCCCUCACGAAAAUUUAUUGAAAAAUAAAAAAUGUACAAUAAGCUAGAGGACUAGGCCAAUGUCAGCCAUAAAGUAUAAAAAUCUUCUAAAACC